AUGAAUGAUAAUCCCGUUGUAUAUGUUCCAGUCGUCCCAACUGUCGUCGUCGUCGAUGAUGAAUUUGGUGGUGGCGGUAAUGUUGCAGGUGAUAUAAUAGGUGAUGGUAUAGGUGUGGUCGUUUGUAGUACGGGAGGAGAUAAAGAAAUUAAGUUUGAUGAAA